AUGUCUCUGAUAGCAAGGAAUGUGACCAACCUCACAGUGGGUGUUUCUGAUAGCAAGGACGGUGACCAACCUCACAGUGAGUCAAGGAAGGUGGCCAACCUCACAGUGGGUGUCUCUGAUAGCAAGGAAGGUGGCCAACCUCACAGAAGGGGACCAAUUCCCCUCACAGUGAGUGCACUGGAGAAAGCCAAGGAGGCCGGCAGGAAGGAGAGGCUGCUUGUCAGACAGAGGGAGAUGCUAGCAAGGAAGGUGACCAACCUCACAGCACUGGAGAAAGCCAAGGAGGCCGGCAGGAAGGAGAGGCUGCUUGUCAGACAGAGGGAGAUGCUAGCCAUGGCAGACCAGAUCAACUUGGACCUCACAUAUUCGGUGCUAUUCAACCUGGCAAAUCAGUACGUGGCCAAUGAGAUGUACCAGGAGGCCAUCAACACAUACCAGGUCAUUGUGAAGAACCGCAUGUUCAGUAACGCAGGCCGGCUGAAAGUGAACAUGGGAAACAUCUACUUCAAGCAGAGAAACUUCCAGAAAGCCAUCAAGUUCUACCGCAUGGCCCUGGACCAGGUUCCCAACACUCACAAGGAGAUGAGGACAAAGAUCAUGCAGAACAUAGGGAUCACCUUUGUGAAGAUGGGUCAGUACAAUGAUGCUAUUACAUCAUUUGAGCACAUCAUGUCUGAGGCAGCCAACUUCAAGACUGGCUUCAACCUGAUCCUCUGUUACUCUGCCAUGGGUGACCGUGAGAAAAUGAGGAGUGGAUUUGCCAAAUUGUUGACAGUCGAGCUCAAUGUGGACGAUGAGGACAAGUACCUGGCACAUGGGGAUGACAAGCAGUACAACCUUGUCUUGGAGGUCAUCAAGAACGACUCACUGCGGCAGAUUGAGAGAGAAAAGAAAUACGAGGCUGAACGCUGCAUCAAGUACGCUGCUAAGAUUAUCUCCCCAGCGAUAGAAGGUUCAUUUUCAGAAGGCUAUGACUG